CAUCAUUUGCAUUUGUUUAUUUGCUUUUUGCUCUGGAAAAGAAAUUACUAAUUUUUCCCACGGCCCAAAUUCAAGAAAUUACUUGCAUUUAAUUAAAACAUUUACUUUUAAAUGAAAAAUAACAAUCAUGAUCAUUCGAGGAAGACUAUCUUUUAGGAUUUUAUCAUAUCUGGUGUCAAUUUCACUCAUUUUGUCCAUACUCUGGGCUCUAACCCACAGCCGUCUGUGCAACUAUGAUGAAUACGUUUGUGUCGAAACAGCUCGCCAGAUCGAGGAGGAACUACAAAGUGAAACUUUGGUGGAUCUAAAGGACUUCAAGUACACAAUUGACAACGACGUAUGCAAUAGAAGUCGCCGAGAACUCAUAGGUAUCAUAAUUGUGACUUCCUAUGUUGGACACGAUGAACUGCGAUCUGCUCAUCGACAAUCAAUAUCCCAAAGCAAGUUAGUGGAAAUAGGCUUCUCCAGGGUAUUUCUGUUGGCCGAAAUACCCGCCUCGGAGAAGUACAUCAAGCAAUCGCAGGUUAUCGAUGAGAAUAGGAAAUUCGGAGACAUCUUGCAGGGUAACUUCGUAGAAGCCUACAGGAAUCUCACCUACAAGCAUGUCAUGGGCCUGAAAUGGGCCACAACAAAGUGUUUCCGGGCCAAAUUCAUCAUAAAAAUAGACGACGAUGUUGUGUUCGAUUUGUUCCAUCUCAGGUACUACCUCGAGGGCCUAGAAAUCAAUGGCUCCCCUAACAAAUUCAUGGCUGGCUAUGUUCUUGACAAUAAGACUCCGAUUCGUCUCACUGCCAACAAGUGGUCGGUGACGAGAGACGAAUACCCAGGCGACGUUUAUCCCGACUACCUCUCCGGGUGGUUGUACAUAACAAAUCCCAUCACAGCACUGCAGCUGGUCCGCCGGUCCCAGAGUGAAAAGUUCUUUUGGAUUGACGACACUUGGGUAACUGGGGUGCUGCGUGACAGACUCUCCAUUCCCCUAAUCAAGCUCAACGAAUGGUUCUCCUCGAAUGCCCAAUUCCUCGAUUGUUGUAUCCGCGAUGUUAAGGACUUCUCCUACGAAUGUGAGUACUUUGUUGGACCAAAUGGAGGCGACACCAAAAUGAUAAUCGAAUUCCUUCAUGGAAUCGAAAAGUGCUACUUCGACGAGUGCACUAAACGUACUCCAGAACAAUCGGUCAAGCAGACGUGUGUUUCCAGUGCGAAGAGAUUUGUUCCCGAUCACGGGGAUGCUCUGAUAAGAGAGGUUAAACUAUGAUAACAAGUAUUAGAACGUGGGCAAUCGGCAAUUGAAACAUACACACAAAGUACCUGUUGGCGAAUAUUUGAGAGUAGAAUUAUUAUCAAACAAACGAGAAAAUACUCAGCGUCCGUCGUCGCCAAAAAGUCUGUGAUUGCGAAUCUCAGAAGUUCCACGUUAAUCCCAAUUGACAUUUUCUCAGCGAGGAAAUUCUUAUGCCUUAAGUUUUUUUUAUACAAUUAAAACA